CAGAUGUCUAAAGAAGCUUUUGUAAGUGAAGGUAACCACACUCAUUGUCCUUUUCAGUUUAUGUAAAAAAGUCAAAGCUGAAAUUAAGUCUCAGAUAAGCUGUCUUGGUCAAGAUUGACAGUGAAGUCAUAUUAUUACUUCUCUUCUAUUAGAAUGAUUUGACUCUUUUGGCUUUGCUGCACUUUGAGAAGAUUAGGCAGUGGUUUGUCAUUUAUUGUAGGAAUCUGUUGGCUUUAGCUCUGGAUGAUUUCUGUUUCAAACUUUUAAGCCUGUGAAAAUUAAGUAUUUAUCAUUAGAUUGGUGUAAGCAAUACUGUACAGGAGUUAUAUCUUUUUUGUAAUUCUUCUACACUAGACAUAGGACAUAUAUACAUGUAGGUAGAACUCAUGCUGUAGAUAUGUGGAAGAAUACAUUUGUAUCUAUAGAGAGAGACAUAGAGAAAUUGGUAGACACUCUUGGACACAUGUAGGUCAAUUAAGUGUAGGCCUAUACAUGUCGGGCAGGUGAGUUUACAGAAUACAGGGAUAACAUCAAGAGGAAGAGGAAGGCAGCAUAAGGCAGAGGGAAUACAAGGAAUUAAAGGAAAGUGAUCGUUAGCUUCUCAGUUUUCUCAGAUGAAAUAGAGCAUGACCCAUUCCCAACCAAGGGACGAACUCGGCCGUGCGAUCCUUUGUAAGAUUUCAGUCAAUAAGGGAAACUGUUCUCUUUUCGAAAGCCAUAGAAUAUCCCAAAGAAAUACCCCUCUCUCCUCCCCUUAUUUGCCCAUACGCCUGACAAAUCCUAAUAUCUGUGAAGUGGAGUUUGUUGGGAUAAAUCCGCUUUGUUCACAAAGGGCAAAGCUUGGUGAGGUAUCAGAUUUGUCUCCUGCUUUUGAAUGAAGUGAAAGUUUGUGCAUUUUGUACCAGGCUUUAAAAGCUCUUGAAAGUUUGUGAGUAUUCUUUGUUGUUGUUUAAUGAAACCCUGUUGGUGUAGUGUUGGUGUGUUGAAGCCCAGGAGAUAAUUUGUAGGCUGAACUGGCUACUACAGAUAUAUGCACCUGCAAGGUGCAGGUUUAGUAUGAUAUUGUAUCCAUGAUGUAUCCUCUGUUUCUCUCUUUCCCUCGCUUUUUCUUUACUUUCUUUUUGAUGCCACAAUACCACAUACAAAAGGAAACCUCUAUUUCAUAAGAACAACCUUCUGAGUAGAAAUGGCAAAAUCAUGAAAAAAAGGUGAAAAUUUGAAUGAAAUAUUACAAAGUGAGAAAGUUACGAAAUGUAUAAAAUGGUUGUUUUUAAUGAUUCACAUCUUUAGAUGAAAGCUUGAAGUUUUAAGCCAUUGCAAAGUUGAAAAAUGACAUCAGUGAGAACAGACAGGCCUAGAUUUGCAGGCAUAAAGUUACCGGUACAUUAACAUAACAAAAAGCGACAAUUAGCUUACAUUUUCCUGAAGAGUUUCUAUGUUGGUCUGUUUCAAUAUAGGAGAUAUGACACGCUGAGAAAGUUGAGGUUAAAAUAUGAUCUCCAGAGUUCCAAUAGGUUUGGAACAAUGCGCAAGUGGAAUGAGUGGUCUUGUACAGUGUAUGUGGAAAUGUUAUCAAUGUCUUCCAGUACAGAUGUCAUUUCCAUCAUGUACCCAUGUCAUGAAGAACUUGUUUAUAUUUUCCAUUGUUGGAAACAACCCAUUUAUAUACCGCACUGCUGAAUACAUCAACCAAACCACUUUGUAUCAUUUUCUCCCUGAUAGCGUGAUUCUGUCGGCGAAAUUGCAGAUGAGCUUUGAUGGUGAUUUCAUUUUGAAGUUUUGAUUACAUCUGGCAGGAUCAGAAUACCAAUGAAUACAUAAAUGAUUUCUCCUCCUCGCUCAGUGGCGUACGGAGUAGUCAUUAUUCAUUACCAGGCAUGCCACUCACUCGCAUCCCUGUCACACUUUUGUCAGCACAUCCACAUUUGUGAUUGUUUUUCAAUUUGACCAGGAAAAGAUGUUCCAUUGGACCCAACCUUGGCCAGGAAAUGGGACAUGGUUUGGCAUAGAUAAAAAAGUUGGAUGGGUAAAUUUGCAGGACCAUGCGUUCAUGGUUGGUGUCAAAUGUUUGCCGGAUGGAUGUAGAUUUCCAAACUUCCUGUCAAUUAAAGGGAUUGUCUUUAUACAAUACGAAAUUAUAGUAACAAAAAAAUGCGAGGAUCCUGGACAAAGUGGACAUAUGUCAGUCAUUCGUACUGAUAACUGAUUUAUCAACUUUAUCUGUUUCCUGUUGAUAGUAUACAUCAGUUUGAGGAGGUGUUAAUGAAAAUGAAUUGCUUAUUUUCUAAUUUCUAGUCACUUAAAAUUUUUCUUUGUUCUCUAUCCUUUUAUGUGUUCAGCAUUUCUUUGCUUCAUUUGCAAGAAGUUAUAUUUGCCAAACUAUACACCGAGGCCAAUUUACAGAAUUUGUGAAUAAUCAUUUUGUUAUAUACCUACAUGUAGGCUAUUUUUCACAAUUCACUUGCUUGCACUUUGCUCUCGUGUGAACAUAUUCUACAGCCUGUUAUUAAAUAAUCAAACAUUUCACAGCUACCUGUCUUUAAGAACCCAUAAUAAGACCCACUUCAAAACCAUAAUCUUGUCUUUCAAGGAUAAGGAUGGGAACAGAUUUUUAUCAUGUUUUGAGUUUUUAUACAAAUGUUCUAUUUGCUAACAAAGAAUAAGGAGUAAACGUUAAUAAUCUCUUUUCCUUUUUUUCUUGAAUUUUGUCUCCACCUUCUUUCUAUAUAGGAGUACAUGUCUAUCUCCUAAUUUUAUUGUUCAUGUAUUUGUUUAUUUUUCUUUCUCUUUCAUUUAAAUGUAGUUAUAUUAUGGUAGUAAAAAAGUUUAAGUUUUGUGGCAAUAUUUUCCUUUCAACUGACACAGAACAGAAAAACGGAUAAAAAAGUAAUUGUCCAAAAUAUGAACUUCUCUGACUUUUCCUAUUCAAUUUUUGAGGGUAAAUCAUCCAUUUUGUCAACAAUGAAUGAACUUAAGAAAAAAAAAUUGCAAGAUAAUGUAGUCGAGGUCCUGCAGGAAAAAAGUUCUUUAUCAAAUAUUCAUUAAUAAAAGAAAAAAUGAAUAGAAAUAUUACAUUAUGCAAGCUUUCAUUUUAAUUUCUCUUCUAAAAUAUUGGUCCCCUAAUUAUGGAAAGAUUAAUGGCAGUAUUAGAGAUAGAAGAUUAAAUUCAAUGCAUCAUUAACUCUUUCCUGGCCGAGUUUGGUAAUUGUCAUCGUAAUGUCUUCCUAUCACUCCCGACAACACGAAUGAGAGAUGAUGAUUGUAAAGGGAAUAUAUUUACUGUCUCUGAAUAUGGCUUGUUCCUAUCAGCCACUUCUUCCAAACAAGUUCUGUCAUCCGAGACCAUUUUUGUCUCACCGCUGCAGUCACACCGAUGAGGCCGACUCCCAAUCGACAGAUGGUAUAUUCUCUCCAAGAUGAGCAUCUUCAGGAGCAAGAUGCCAUCUUUCCUUCAUACAUCUUUUAGAGAACAACAUCACCUCAACAUGGUAAUAUACAUCUCUUUCCUAGCCAUAACUCUUCUCAUCAGAACUACACAAGCAGCUGCAGUACUAAACUACUAUAACCUCACAUCAUUCACAUCGCCAAUAGGAGGGACGAAUUUGAAUCGUUUUGUCAUUCACAACAGGACAGGAAAUAUAUUCCUCGCUGCAGAGAAGAACCUCUUUAGGCUUGGCUCUGACUUGCAGAGCCUUGGAAGCACUGGGACUUCCAAUUGUGCUUCAGAUGAAUCCUGCGAGGAUGUCACCAAGAUUCUUGCCAUUUCUCAAGGAGAUGCUGACAACUUAAUUGUCUGUACAAGUGCAGAAGGAAGGUGUGAAGUUAGGAACUUGUUAGAUAUUGAGGAUGUGAUAUAUAGUGAAAACAUAAUGGUUCCGGGGGAGACAGAGGGACUAACCGCAGCAGGGGUCAUCACAGAAGUGAAUAGAGGGGAGCAGUUCUAUUUAGCAAAUACACUAAGUGGAGGUUACAACUCGAUCAUCAGUCCUAUCAGGAGAUGGACUGUCUCAGAAAGCUUGGACCAGGUGGAGGAUGAGCUCAACCACUACGCUUUAACUGUGUCCGUGAACAACUUCCCGAUCUCCUACAAGGAAACCUUCACCUACGAGGAAUUUGCAUAUUUCGUCAUGAACCAGGACGGGAACGUCAAGUUGGGAAGGGUUUGCGAAACAGCCAUUAUGGAAUACUAUUCAGAGAUUACCUUAAGGUGUGACAGCAGGAGCAGACCAGGCACAUCUUACAGCGUCAUCCAGGCAGCUCGUGUUGGGAAACCCGGCCCAGACCUUCAGAUGUCCAUGGGGUCUGGCUCAGACGACAUCCUGUUCGCAGCCCUCUCAGAAUCUGACGCUGCGUCUAGUCGUGCAGCCCUGUGCGUGUAUCGCAUGUCAGAUGUCAAAGAUGCCUUUAUGCAGGCUAGUAAACAAUGUAAAAGUGGAAACAUGAAUGCCCGUCUGACGUACCUGGCUGAUGCAAAUUGCGUUUCCUUGGGUAAAUUUCCAGAUCAGAAAAUACCAGGAACUGACAAACUUCGAGGCGGUCUGAAACCACCUAAUGACUACGUGCAGUCCAAGGCCAUCUCUGACGACAUACUACCAGAACUCGUGUGUUCUACGGAGCGCACUUUCACCUACGCCAAUGGCAUCGAGGAUCUGGUAUCCACUGCUGCCGUUGAGCUAUCGUCGCAUGUCCCGUCGUCCAUUGUUUCUGCUGUAGUAAGACAUCACACCGUGGCCUUCAUUGGCACCCAAGGAGGCGACCUGUUGAAGCUGCUAUCUUUAGAACCUUUACGUCUUGCCAUAUGUAUGUUAGGCAGUGAAAACUUCGCUGUGAGCAUCACUUCCAAUCCACAAACCACGCACUAUCGUAAGGUUAGAGACUUGGUAUUGUUUAGUUUCUGUAGCGCCAAAAUGCCGCAGGAAUCCCGAUACAAUCAAGAAAACCUGGGGGAACAAUGCUUGCCACCACAUGAUGAACCCCAUGCCAUCACUCCAUCUCUCUGUUAUUGA